AUGAUGACCUCUCAAUCACAAGACACACAUGAUUUUUCAUCAUUGAUAACUAGAUCGAAUUCAAGUUUAUCGAAUGAAACUGACUCGGAAUCGAAAUCAUUCUCGAUUCCAUAUAUCGACACGUCAUCAAUAGACGAUUUCGAUAGUAAACACGAUACAGGCAAUUCAUUAACUAGGCAAAUAUCUUUAUCUGAAACCGACCUGCUUGCAUCGAUACACCGAACUAAGCAAAAUUUCGAUCCUCACUCUGAACAUGAUAUACCUGACGAUAUACUUUUUCUCGAAUGGGAUAAAGAACGGAAUUUAUAUCAAGAUUAUAUCAAUUCAUUACGAAAAGAAAUUCGUGUCCUUCUGCAAGAACGUGCAGAGUAUCAAACACAGAAACGUUCUGAUGAUCAAACGAAAAUUGACUUACUGCAGAAAUCAUUAGAAGAGAAAAAUCUCGUUAUCGGACAAUUCCAAACGGACUCGGAACUUCUCAAAGAAAGAAAUACAAACUUCAUUCGAAAAAUCACCAGUUUAGAAUCGGAUACGAAAUCAAAUCUGAAUCUGAUCGAUGAAUUAAAACAGAAAAUCACUGAUCUAACGAUCGAUUUGCAAAAUCACAUUCUAAUCAAACGUCGAUUGGACAUCUCGAUCAAUAAUUUGGAAUCAGAUUGUAAAAUCAUCGAUACCGAACGAAUUAAAUUAACCAAUGAAAUGAAAGAAAAUCAACAUAAUAAACAAGAAUUAGAAAAAUUAUUACAAAAAGCCAAUGUACAAAUUGCAGAAUUAGGUAAAUUUUGUCGAUUGACUGAAAUCUUACAUACUUCACCGGAUAAUCACAAUAAAAUAUGUUCAACCAUCGAAAUGCUUCGCUCAGAAAAUGUUCAAGUUCGUUCGCAGUUGUCAUCCGUUCAACGUCGAACAGUUCAGGAGAAACAACAAAUUAUGGAUUAUUUACGGCAGAUUGAAGCGGAUCUGAUUGAAAAAGAGCAAAUCAAACAACGCGAAGCAUUGUUACGUCAAGAUUACGAGCAAUUGCAAGUAGCGCAUAAACAAGAUCGACAUGAAAUUGAACAACUGAAAAAUUCAAUCAAUCAAGAUCAACAAACGAUCGAAGAUUUAAAACAACAAUGUUCAGUAUUAUUACAUGAAAAAAAUCAAUUAGAUAUGUAUCGAACCGAAAUCAAACCAUCGAUUGCGCAUUCACAUGAAUCAAUUGAUCAAUUGAUACCAAUCAUGGACAACCAACAUCAAAUUGAACAGACGUCAAUACUGAAUGAGAAAUAUAAAAAACUGCAAGAAGAUUUUGACAAUUUAAACGAACGAUACCAAGAUAAACAAGCAUGGACGCAAUAUCAACAAAAUCAAUUGUUGGCUUUAUGUGAUCGAUUGCAAUUCACCAAUGGUGAUAGAAAUACUCCGUUUGAUGAACUUCUACUACAGAUUGAAAAUCGUUUUGCUAAUCUCAAACAUGAAUGUGAUACGUUAGCUAACCAUGUGAUUCUAUUACAAGCAAAUGCUAGUACUGAUAAGGAAGGAUCUGACCGCUCAAACGAAGAUGAACUUCGAAAGAAUCUCGCAGUUUUAACUAAUCAAUGUGCUCAGUUGGAAGAAGCUAAUCGUGCAUGGCAACAGUUUCAGCGAAGUCAAUUGGAAAGUUUUCGAUUGAAACUUCAACACCGAUUUCCUUUGGAAGAUAAAAUCUCUUUCGAUGAAAUAGCAGAGAUCAUCGUAGAUCAGGUUGAUUCAAUAAAUCGGCAAGAUGUCUCGCCGUUAGCCGAAGACAUCUCUUUGCGAAAUGUCAAAUUAGUUCAAUCAGCACCGUCAACCACUGACGAUCCUGAGGAAGAACUUCGACUUCUUCGAGACAAUAUAUCCACACUUACAGCUCAAUGCGCCCAACUUGAUGAGGCCAAUCGUGCGUGGCCAAUCUAUCAUCAAACACAACUUCAAAAUUUUCAAAAUGAACUUCAACAAAUCUUACCGCUAUCAGAAAAUGUGCCUUUUGAUCAACUUCCUCCAUUCAUUCGUCAGCAGAUUGACCAAGAAAAACAACACCUUCAACAACUCUACGACGAUCUUCAACUAGAGUCAGCAACCAAUCUACAAACAAUCAAACAAUCCUACACGAAUACUGUUAAUGAACUCACUCAAGAACUAUCCGUUCUCAAAGAACAACUUGAUAAACGAUCACCACACGAUCUUCAUCAGUUAGAUGAAGCGAGAGUUGCAUCAAACGAGAAUGGAGAUCGGAUCAGUGUUGGCAACGACUGGGAAGAUGUUGGCAUUGACUUGACAUUAUUGCAAACUCCGUUGGACAUUGUGCGAAAUGAACUGGGAAAUUAUUUGUCUGAUGACACGAAUGGAUCGUUCGAAGAAGUUGUGAGAGGAAUUGGUGAGAGGAUUCGAAACGAGAGAGAGAAGAUGAAUGAACGAUAUGAUGCAUUGGAGAAACUCAACCAGGAUCUUCACUCAGAGUCAGAAAUGAACCUGGAAUCGAUUCGACAAUCGUACUUGAAUACUGUCGACGAGUUAAAUCAAGAAUUAAUGGCAAUGAAAGAAAGAUGUGAACAACUCGACGCGGAAAAACAAUCUUUGAAUGAAAAACUUUCCGAUGAUCAAUUAUUCGAAAAGUCUCAUCUCGAAGCCCAUUCAUUUCGCGAACAACUGCGAAAUCUUCUGUCACUUUCCAACGAAAUUCCAUCAGACGAAAUUAUCUCGUCUCUCGAUCAAUUGAUACAGGAAAAUCUCUCGUUGAAACAAAACGAAGAUUCUCUUCGUAGAGAUCUUGAAAACGUCAAUGAACAGUUAAUUAAUAUCUAUAAUCAAUGCGAACAAUUACAAGAAAAUAACAAACAAUUACUAUUAGAAAAACAAACAUUGAAUCAGAAUAUUUCAAUCGAUGACGAUCAAUUGAAAGCAGACUAUACCGCACUGCAAAAUCAAUGUACACAGUUAGAUGCUGCUAAUCGUGCCUGGCAAUUGUUUUACGAUAACCAAAUGGAUUUACUAAGAAAUAAAUUUCAAGAUUCUUUUAAUUUUGAUCAGAAUGAAAACUUUGAGCAGAUUAUUGAAAUUAUCGUAGAAAAAUUAGAUCAAGAGAGACAAAAGAAAGAUUCCGUUCAAUCAGACUCACAAAUCAAUGCAAUAAUUGACUCACUCAGGACUUCCCAAGACACUGAACAGAUGGACCAUCUUCAACAAGAAAUUCAAUCUUUAGAGGAACAGCUAAAGGAUAGCCAAUCAUCAUUGGAUAUGUUAACUACAAAUCUACAAUUGAUUACGGAAGAGAACACACUUCUUAAACAACAGAAUAGUGAAAUCAAACAAAAAAAUAGUUUACUGAUUGAUGAUAAUAACGAAUUGAACAAUCGAUUGAAUGAAUUACAAUCACGAAACAUUAUGCAAAUCUCAUCAACGGACCAAUCAUCGACAGAAGACGUAUCGAGACAUCUAGUAGAAUCUGUUCAUUCAUCAAAUGAUGACCGAGAGACAGAAGAAAUUGAGCAGUUGAAAUUAGAUGUCACUCGUUUGACUUUGCAAUGCGCUCAGCUGGACGAAGCUAAUCGUGCUUGGCAACAAUUCCACCAAAAUCAAUUAGAAUUACUUCGAGAUAGGUUCCAAGGUUGGUUUCAAAUAGAUCCAAACUCGAGUUUCGAACAGAUAAUUCAACAAAUCUUCACACAUCUUAAUCAAUCACGACUUCACCAGCAGUCGACGCUGCAAAACGAGAAUCUAUCAGACUCGUACGCGUUAAUCGAUUCGUUACAAAAGCAAUUGUCCAAUUAUCAGAACAACGAAUCGAUAUUGGUACAAAAUCUUGAACAACUCAAUCAAAGAUUGCUGGAUGUGUAUAAGCAAUGUGAAGAAUUUCGCGAACUCAAUUCACAAUUAAUUCUAUCAAAACAACAAGCUGACAAGGAAUUAGAAGAACGGGAAAAACAAAUCUAUGAAUUACAACAAUCAACAAAUCAGAAACUUCAUUUAUCUUCCGAGAAUCUCAUCGAACAUAACGUAAAUCAAAAUGAAGAGGAUAUUCUUCAGCACAGUACCGAUCAUACUGCACCUACGACUGAACACUCAGAACCUCGCGAAACGAAUUCUUUACAGUUGAAUGAGAUAGUUUCACUCGAUCAACUUCCUCCAUUCAUUCGUCAGCAGAUUGACCAAGAAAAACAACACCUUCAACAACUCUACGACGAUCUUCAACUAGAGUCAGCAACCAAUCUACAAACAAUCAAACAAUCCUACACGAAUACUGUUAAUGAACUCACUCAAGAACUAUCCGUUCUCAAAGAACAACUUGAUAAACGAUCACCACACGAUCUUCAUCAGUUAGAUGAAGCGAGAGUUGCAUCAAACGAGAAUGGAGAUCGGAUCAGUGUUGGCAACGACUGGGAAGAUGUUGGCAUUGACUUGACAUCAUUGCAAACUCCGUUGGACAUUGUGCGAAAUGAUCUGGGAGAUUAUUUGUCUGAUGACACGAAUGGAUCGUUCGAAGAAGUUGUGAGAGGAAUUGGUGAGAGGAUUCGAAACGAGAGAGAGAAGAUGAAUGAACGAUAUGAUGCAUUGGAGAAACUCAAUCUUGAUAUGCGAUUAGCAGCUGACACUAAUAUGGAAUCAGUUCGUCAAUCGUGUCUAAGUAUAAUUAAAGAUUUGAAUGAAGAAUUAUUGAAUGUGAAAGCGCAAUGUACAGAAUUAGAUAUACAAAAUAAGCAACUUCUCAUUGAAAUUAGCAAUUUAAAUGGACAAUUGAAUGAUCGAUCACUCGUACUUGGCCAUCAUUCUUCAUCAGAUCCUAAUUUUCUUCAACUACAAAGUCCAAUUAAAACGAAUGGACAGUUCUCACAACACCCACCAUCCAUCCCUGACGAAGACAAACUGGAAAUCGUACCGGUAACUAUCGACAACCAUCCUUCAAUGAUAGAUAAAGACAUUCAGACAGAAUCACUUCAUCAGUUAUGGCCAACUUUUGACGAAGAGAACCUCUCAAGCAAUAACGACGAAGAUGAAGAACGACUGAAUGACUAUAUGAUUGAACUCGCAUCUCGAUCACCAACUGAACUCGCUGAUCUUCUUAACAAAGAAUGUCAACAGAUCUUGGAUAAACAAAAAUUUAACUCAUCAUCCUUCUCGGAUCUCGAUCUUAACCAACUCUCUUUGAUCGCCCUUCAUUCUUUGCACAAUCAGCAUUUAAUCGAUGAUGCAAAAUCACUGUACAAUGAAACUGUUGUUCGAGCGUUAAAACAAGAAUAUGAAUUACUCAAUAAUGAGAAGAAUGAUUUGAUUGAGCAGUUGACAAAAACUGAACAAGAAUAUUUUCAAGCAAAAGAUACAAUCAAAGAAUUAACUGAGAAAUACGAGAUUCAGAAAAGUCAACUAGAAGCAAGUCUAUCAGAUCUGGAACAAGAAAACCGACGCUUGAAAAAUGAAUUAAAUCAACAUCCGGAACAAAUCGAAAACGAUCAAUAUGAAUUAUUGCAAAAAGAAUUUGACCAACUAAAACAGGAAAAUAAUGAUUUAGUCAACGAAAAUGAACUAUUAAAAGAUUACAAUGCUCAAAUGUUUCAAGAAAAAUUACAAGAAAAGAGAGAUAAUGAUCUGGUUGAAAUUACCUCAUCUCGAGAUGCUGAUAUUCAAAGUCAUCUUAAAGAAACUACUCUACAAUCGGAUUGGAACGAUCAAACAUCACUUGAAGAAGAAAUUGAACGAUUGAAAACAACGAUCGACGAAGUUCAACUCGAAAAUGAUAAUCUGAAAGAUUUGAAUUCACAAUUAUACAAUUCGGUAAACAUUCGUUCGAACUCAACCUUGACGGACAUCGCCAUUCAAUGCUCACCUCUACUGGUAGAUAACAGUGACGUAACAUCAGCAGAAAGCAACGAUUGGAACGACCAGAGCUCACGAAUCGAAGAAUCGACUCUCUCCUCCAUCACCGAAACAAAUUCAAACAGAGAAACUGUUGAUAACGAGACCCAAACGGAUGGCGAUCAACAGCAAGAUAAACUUGUGCAAGUUAACAGUAAACUAAAGCGUGCUCUUCAAACAAUGAAGGAUAAAAUCAAUCGAUUUACUGUUGAGCAAUCCGAACUGUUCCCCAAUCCGACUGAGGAUACGUUGAUGCGACUUGAUCAACUCAUUGCCACUUUAGAACAGUUCAAACAUGAUAAAUUCAGAAAUAAUGAGGAAAUUCAAGAUUUGAAAGCUCAAUUAACUGAACGUAACGAAGAAUUGAAGCAAAACCUUUCCAAUACUUCAGCAAUCGGCGAAUAUCAAAAUCAAAUUGCAGAACUUACUCAACAACGAGAACAACUACAGCAGCAAUUUGAAGAAUUAUCUCGAUCAACCAACACUAUGGAUAAUGAAAGCCAAACAGAUGAACAACAAAAAGAUAAACUUGUUCAAGUUAAUACCAAAUUGAAACGAGCAUUGCAGAAUAUUAAAGAUAGAAUCCAACGAGUUAUCAAUGAAAAACCUGAAUUAUUUCCUGAUCCCGGCGAAGACACAAUGGAGCGAUUGGAUCAAUUAAUUGCAAUUAUUGAAAAUCAAGCUGUACAGAUUCAAGUCUUACAAUCCGAAUGCGAUCAAACGCGACAAGAAGUGGUAGAACUUCAAAAUACACAUCGAGAACAGCGAGUUGAGAAAUCUUCAGAAGAACUUUCCAUCGAAGAUUAUCGAAAGCAAGUUGAACAACUUCAACAAGCUUUGGAUCGGUAUAAGACUUUAGAUCAAGAACUAGAUACACAAGCAAAGAAAUAUGAACAUAAUAUUGACCUGUUACAACGAGAAAUUGUGCAACAAAAUGAGCAGUUGAAUCGAUAUAAGGGAGAACACACAGGAGUUGUGACGGCAACAGAAGUGGUUACUACAAUAUGUGCGGAAACAGCCCAGGCUGAAACCCAAACUGAUGAUCGUCAACAUGACAAACUUGUUCAAGUCAACAACAAAUUGAAAAGAGCAUUACAAGGAUUGAAAGAUAAAAUUCAUCGAUUUGUAUUAGAUCGUCCAGAUCUUUUCGAUGGUAUCGGAGAAGAAACAAGUGAGCGGCUUGAUAAUCUGAUUUUCUCUGUUGAAAAUCAAGCCACACAAAUUGAUAAAUUACAAGAUCAUGUGAAUGAAUUAGAAAGCUCUUUGGAAGCACUGCGAAACGAGCAAAGAACGGUUACGUCUUCUGACGACGCAUCGACCACUGAUGAUUACCGAAAACAAGUUAAUCAGCUCCAGCAAGCUCUUUCGGAAAAAGAUCAAGAGCGAAGUUUAUUGCGUGAACAUCUCAAUGAAGUUGAAAUCGAAUUACGAAAAGCAUUAGAUGAUAACGCACUGGUAGUAGACAAAUAUGAAUUGCUGAAGCAAGAACGAGACGUACUUGUCGAAGAAAGUCAACACGAGAUUACACAGUUACAAGAAGAGUUGAAUAACUUGAAGCAAGUACCUGACUGCCAACAUGAAGAAACACAAACAGACGACGAUAUUCAAACAUUGCGUGAUCUGAUUGGACAACAAUCUCAAGAAAUUAUAGAUCUGAAACAAACAAAUUCUCUUCUCUCUUCUGAAAUCUCAUCGCACGCUCAAAAUGCAUCUUUGACACAAACUGUCGACAGUGAAGUUCAAACGGAUGAUCGUCAACAAGAAAAACUAGCUCAGAUCAAUACUAAAUUGAAACGUGCAUUGCAAGGACUCAAGGAUAAGAUUCAACGAAUAGCUGCCGAACGAUCUGAACUGUUUGAAGGUGUUGGCGGAGAAACAGGCGAACGUCUUGACCAUCUAAUUGCAACCCUAGACAAUCAAUAUACCAAAAUUGAUGUACUACAAACUGAGAAUGAUCAACUUCAAGAACAAUUGCGAAAGACCGUGAGCGAUGUAGAAACUUCGUCAAAACUUACUACCCAAGAACCAGUUGUCUCUGUUGCUUCAUCAUUAGACGAACAUAAUUCGGACGAAUCCAUUACACUUCCUACUUCGUCCGCCAACGAUCACUAUCUUAAUCAGAUUGACCAACUUCAACAAGCUCUCGCAGAAAAAGAUCAACAGAAAAUCUUAUUACAACAACGACUCGACGAACUCGAACAAGAACUUCGAAAAGCGCUGGAUGAUCAUGCCUCGCUGACAAACACAUACGAAGCAUUUGUUGAACAACAAGCACUCGACUCAGAAGAAAGACAACAAGAACUGGAUGCGUUAAGAAGAAAACUAGGCGAACGAGAUGAAGACACCAAAAUGAUAAAAGAUCUGAAAGAGAGAAAUAUGAUACUGUCAUCUGAACUCGAAUCUCAAGUUAAUUGUCAACCAUCGAUAGAAACUGUCGAAUGUGAAACUCAAACAGAAGACCGUCAACAUGAAAAACUGACUCAAAUGAACACUAAACUAAAACGUGCACUUCAAGGAUUGAAAGAUAAGAUUCACCGUUUGGUUUCGGAGAGACCGGAUCUUUUCGCUGGUAUUAGCGAAGAAACUAACGAACGGCUGGAUCAUUUGAUUUCAACGGUUGAAAAUCAAGCUAUACAAUUAGACUCACUUCGAACUGAGUACAAUCAAAUGGAUGAAAAAUAUCAAGAUCAAAUGAAGCAACUCGAAAACGAGCUGCAAGCACGUAUGACCGAGCUUGACGAUGAACGUCGACUAAAAAUGGACGAAAUAUCUACGGUGGUUCCAGUCACUUCAUCACCUCCUGCUGAUGAUAAGGCUUCCCUUCUCGAGGAGUAUCAGAAUCAAAUUGAACAACUUCAACGAAAUCUCUCCGAAAAAGACGAAGAACGAGAUUUACUACGUGAAUAUAUGAAUGAAAUCGAAACUGAAUUUCGCCAAGCAUUGGAUAAACACGCCGCUUUAGAACAGGAACGGGAUGCACUUUUAACACAACAAUCUCGUUUAUCAGCAGAAAGUGAACAUACCAUUCGACAAUUGCAAGAAGAAUUAAUUGAAUUAAAACAAUUACCUGUCACAGAAAAUCUCGAAAUACAAACCAAUGAAACAAUGAAAUCAUGGAAUGAACUGGUGAAGGAAAAUUCUGAUCAAAUAGCGAAGUUAUAUGAUGAAAACACAAAACUUUCAUCGCAAGUGGAGAUGAUCGAACAACAAAAGAAAGAAAUCGAGGAACACAGCCAGAAUUACGAGAAGCAGCUAGAUGAACUCAUAGAAGAGCGUCGAAGACUUCAAGAAGAAAUCGAAAGGAUGAAAUCAUUAGUGAAAGAAAUGAAAGAUACUGAAGUUCAAACUGAUGAUGGUCAACAGGAAAAACUGACUCAAAUGAAUACUAAACUAAAACGGGCGCUCCAAGGAUUAAAAGAUAAGAUUUAUCGUUUGGUUUCGGAGAAACCGGAUCUUUUCGAUGGAAUCGGCGAAGAUACCAGCGAACGUCUUGAUCACUUAAUUGCAACUAUAGAAAAUCAAGCAGCAAAGAUCAAUCUAUUGCAAACUGAACAUGCUGAAACUGAAGUUCAAUUACGAAAUAACAUGAGAGAUCUUCAAAGUUCGCUGGAAGCAUCUCAAAAAGAGUUAGAAUAUGAACGCCACGUUAAGAUCCAGCCAUUAUCUUCAUCUGCACCAGCAUUUGAUGAACAUAAUUCAGACGAAUCCACUACACUUCCUACUUCGUCCACCAACGAUCACUAUCUUAAUCAGAUUGACCAACUUCAACAAGCUCUCGCAGAAAAAGAUCAACAGAAAAUCUUAUUACAACAACGACUCGACGAACUCGAACAAGAACUUCGAAAAGCGCUGGAUGAUCAUGCCUCGCUGACAAACACAUACGAAGCAUUUGUUGAACAACAAGCACUCGACUCAGAAGAAAGACAACAAGAACUGGAUGCGUUAAGAAGAAAACUAGGCGAACGAGAUGAAGACAUCAAAAUGAUAGAAGAUCUGAAAGAGAGAAAUAUGGUACUGUCAUCUGAACUCGAAUCUCAAAUGCAAAUAGUGAAUGAAAGAAAACAAAUUGAAGAUCAGCUGAUUGAAGAACGUGCAAGACUUUUGCAGGAAAUUCAAAAGAGAAGUUCUCAACCUACCGAGACUAUCGAAAGCGAGAGUCAAACGGAUGACUCUCAAACAGACAAAACAAGUCAGACGAAUACGAAACUCAAACGUGCAUUACAAGGGCUCAAAGAGAAGCUUCAUCAGCUUGCAUUGCAAAAACCGGAAUUUUUCGAUGGCAUUGGCGACGAAACAGACGUACGCUUCAACCAUGUGAUUUCAACUGUUGGAAACCAAGCUGCGGAGAUUGAAAUCUUACACACUAAACAGAGAGAACUUGAAGAACAACUCGGUUCAACUAAAUCCGAUGCUACUAGUUCGGCAAAUAUUGAAGAGUAUCGAAAUGAAUUCGAUCAACUUCGAGUGAACUUGGCAGAGAAAGAGGAAGAACGCGUAGCCCUUGCUAAGCGUCUGACUGAGAUCGAAAAUGAGUUGAAACAAAUAACUGAAGAUAACGAAUCACUCAAGAAUUCCUACGAAGAACAAAUUCAAUCCUUUUUGGAAGAACGAAGCACAUUGUUCGAAAAUCAAGCGCAACGUUUCGCUCAGUGUGAACAUGAAAUCAUUGAAUUAAAAUCUGAAAACGAACGUCUUCAAGAAGAAUUAACCAAAUAUCAGCACACUUCUGAUUGUCAAGAUGCAGAAACUCAAACAUCAGAAAAUAUUCAAGAACUGCAUGAUCUAAUUCAACAACAAGCCGAAGAACUGAAAUCUCUGGAAGAAAAAUGUCAGCUUCUCUCCUCCCAGAUCGACUCCAAUGUCUCAGUACAAACUGAAUUACAAAAUCAUCGAUAUGCACUCGAACAGCAAUUAAAUGAUUAUAAGGCUCAAACAGAAACUCUAUCAGAAGAGAUUGAAAGAAUGAAAUUGCCAUCUAUUCAAACAGUUGACAAUGAAAGUCAAACAGUUGACGAGCAAUCCGAAAAAUUAACCAAAGGCCACAAGAAACUAAAACGGACAUAUGAUGGAUUCCAAGAGAAAAUCCAAGAGCUCGUCUCAAAACGACCAGAUCUGUUCGAAGGCAUUAGUGAAGAAACUAAUGAACGUCUCAACCAACUAAUCUCCACUGUUGAAAAUCAAACAAAACAAAUCACUGAUUUACAAAACGAACGUGAUCAUCUUAUCUCGUCAUCACUCAGUCCAUCUAUAAUCGAGGAUUAUCAAAUGAAAUAUGAUCAACUUCAGCAAACGUUCAUUGAAAAUGAGGCUGAACGUAUAUCGCUUCAGGAGCAUUUAGAUGAAUUGAGAGAAACAUUGAGUAAAUAUGAAUCAUCGAUUGAACAAACACUUCAAUCAAACCAAAGUGAAUGUCAACAUAUUCAAGUUCAAACCGAUGACGAUAAUGAAAUGAGUCCGUCACCAGCAAAUCCAACUGCUUUCGAGAUUAAACAUAGGAUGCAUACGAUUGAUAGUGAAAUUCAAACAGAUGAUUAUCAAUAUGAAAAGAUGAAAGCAGCCUUGGCGAAGUUUGAAGAAAAAAUUCACGGUAUUGUCGAAGAACGACGCGAUUUGUUUGAUGGAAUUAGUGACGAAACAGAUGACCGAUUGGAUCAUUUAAUUUCGACAUUAGAAAAUCAAGCGACACAAAUUAGUACAGCAGAAAUCGAACGAAACGAAAUCGAAGAGCAAUUACGAAACGAAAUUAAACAACUUGAAAAUUCUAUAAGUGCUUGUCAGCAUGAAUUGGAGAGUGAACGACGAAUCCGAGUGGAACAGUUGACAACUGCACCACCCGUGGAAGAAAUAGGUUCAUCUGUUAUUGAAGAAUAUGAGAAACAGAUUAAUGAAUUGCACAGCACUCUUUCCGAGAACGAUAAAGAUCGACUUGUUCUACAAGAUCGUUUGAAUCAAGUUGAAACUGAACUUCAAAAAUUAUCCGACGAUCACACAUCUCUCGAGCAAGAACGUGAUAUCCUCGCUCAGCAAAGUCAACAAGAAAUUGCUCAAUUAAGGGGAGAAAUAAGUGAACUGAAACAAGUACCUGAGUAUCAACAUGUAGAUGUACAAACCGAUGAAGAUAUGAAGUCACUAGACCAAAUGAUUGAACAACUAAAAGAUCUCGACGAACGAAAUGCUUUUCUUAUAACAACACUCGAAAAUCAAAAAAACAUUGUCGAAGAACAUCCGAAACUUGUCGAGGAAUUAGAGAAAUAUAUGUCGAAAAUAAUCGUAACACAUGAUAGUGAAAUACAAACUGAUGAUGAUCAACAUCAGCAGUUAUUUGAAGACAAUCUGAGGUUAAAAUCGACGAUCGAAACCAUCGAAAACAAGAUUGAUCAAUAUGUCAAUACACGAAGUGAUGUUUUCGGAGAUGAUCUAAAUGCUCGUCUUGAAAGUAUCAUAUCUCUCGCUAACAAACAACCUGCACUAAAUCAUGAAAGCGUUGGUUUAUCAGAUUCUUCCUUCAAUGAUCGAUCAAAUGAAAGCGAUGACUGGUUCGAUGCGUCACCAGUGGUUAAAACUUCAUCUGCGAACGAUAUUGAAGCUGUCAAGAACAAGAUUCUCCAAAUGAUUGAAAAUCAUCUGACAUUAUUCUCUGCUUCGAAUGAAAAUCUCUGCGAAGAUCUUCGUCAAAUCUUUUCUGUCAUUACAGACCUUCAAGCAAGAGUCAAAGAAUUACAGAGUGCAUUUGACACCUAUCGGAAUGAAACUGAAAACAAAGGCUUGACAGAAAUGCAUCGCUCAUAUUCCUAUCAAUCAAAUGAUGCCGAUACUCAAACAUUAGGUUUGUCUAUUAUCGAAGAACAUCAGAAGCAAAUCGAAAAACUUCAAGAGAACGAGUCCGGCUACCAGCGAGAAAUACAACGUUUAAUCGAAGAACGCGAUCAAGCCCGAGACUUGUUACAUCAAUACAAAAAACGUAAAAAUCGUCGAACGAAUUUCGAGCAAUCAUCGUCGGAAAAUUCGAAUCGACAACGAGAUUCUCACGAGCAAAUUCUUGCAUAUCAAUCACAAAUAAGUAAUCUUGAACAUGAACGUCUAUCUUUAAUUCAACAAAUCGAACAAUUAACAUCUCAACCUUCGAAAACCGAUAUUGAAAAUCAAACACUUGCCAAAAAAGAUUUGCUAUCGACAGCUUCAGCAGAUCAAAGUAUUUCAAGGCAUAUAUUCGAGCAAGAAAUGUUAGCUUGGUCGAAUGAAAGUGAAGAAUUAAGACGUCUCGUGAAACAAAUUCAAAUUGAAAAUAAGAAACUGAAAGGUAUCAUUCUCAAAUUUGAAAAUAUGGUACUCGAUUAUGUUCAUGAAAAUGAACGAUUAAAACAAGAGAAUCAGAAUUUAUCUCUACAUGCCAUACAUCAUCCAACAAGUGAAACAGAUCAUUCCGAACGAGACAUUUGUUAUUUAACAUUGAAAUGGUUAACUUAUGAAGUGGCACAACGAACAGCGAAGCCAAAUGCUGAACAAUUAUUUGUAUUAACAACCGACGAGUCCGAUCGACAUGUAAAUGAAAAUGAACAACGGAUCAGACAUUUGACAAGUCAAAAUGAACGAUUGAAAAAUCAAUUGGAAUCGUAUACAAUUCAAUUCAAACAUCUUCAACAUGAUACGACGAUGAAAACGCAAGAAAUAUCCAAUUUAAAAGAUGAUAUCGAAAGAUUGCGAACCAAUGAAAUACAGUAUCGCUUGGAAGCUGAUCGUCUCAAGACUGAACUUCAAGAUGAUCAAAUCAAAAUCCAACAACUUGAACAUGAUCUAUCCGAUUGGAAAUUUAAACAAUCGAAUCAGAAUACCGAGUCAAUCGAAAAUCUUCGUGAAUUACUUGAUUUGAAAGAACGUGAAUUGAAUGCUUUGAAAGACAAGUUGGAUUAUACAAAACAAACUCAUCAAAUUGAAUUGCAAGAAGCCAUGAAAGCCAAACAGUUUUCACUUGAUAAUGUCAAACACUAUGAACAAGCAGAGGUGCGCUACAAAGAAAAACGACGAGAACUGGACGCGAGAUUGGCAAGAUUCUGUACGAUUACAAGACCAUUGUUGGAUAAUUCAUCAUUGUUUUUGCAGAAUCCCAUUAUCAAUAUUGAUGAACUACGCAAAUUGAUUCGUGAAGCGGACACAGAAGAACGAGUUUCGACUUCUCUUAAUCCAAUUCGAGAUUGUUUGAGUUUGUUGGAAGCGCAAAUGCGAGAUCUUCAUCAUGGUAUCAUUGAGAAUCAUGCUCGUCGUUCUAAACGAUGGAAAUACAAACUAGGAUUCGAAUGUCUUUCGUGUGAAAGUCGAUGGGAAGUCACUCAUGAUAUUCGUGAUUUGCAAGAAGCUUGUUUAGAUCCGAGCCGUUUCCUUGAAUCAUCCAUUGUUGAACCGAUGGCAGGAUGCUCAUGUCCAAUAAUGAUUGAUUUUGUUGAAAGUGAUGUUCGUCUCUGUGUUGAUGACAUUGUAGACGAUGUGAUAGCAAGAACAACAGUGAAAUAA